GUUGAGGAGGUGAGUGAGGAGAUAGAGGUGAGGUGUGGAGGAGAGGAGAGGGAGGAGGGAUCUAUAGAGGAGGGGAGUGAUGAUGAGAGUGAAUAUGAGAGUUUUGAGAACUGUUUGGACCAGCUUGACGCUACCGAGCACUCACAUCUAUACGAAUCUAUUCUGGCGCUAAUCAGUGAUAGCCAAGGACAAGAAAAGGAAAGAAAUGAGUUAGAAGAACAAGAAAGAAAUGAUGAUGCACAAGCAGAUGCACAAGAACAAGAACAAGAUGAAGAACUAAAUAAAGUGGAAUCAGAUGUAAGAGCGAGAGUUGAGAGUAAAGAUGCAGAAAAUCAGAAAACAAAUCCUCAAACUUUGGAGUUUGAAAAAACACCACCAACUUCUGAAUUAGAUCAUAAUAUUUCCAAAGGUCCCUCCAGCCCUUAUUCUCAACCAAAAUUUAAAUCCGAAUCUUCUAUGGCUAAACUAGAUUCUAGCAGCUACGAACCAUUGAUAAAACCCGACCCAACACUGGCUGAUACUUCUGAAAAGCUGGAUACUCUUAUGAACUCCUCUACGACUCCUGCCGAAGCGAAACGAUCUGAUUCUCGUCUUAGUAAAUCUAAUGAAAAUGGAAGUACCAUUAGCAUCACUACCCCUAAACUAAUCAUUGCCGAAACAGAAAAUAGAUCUGAAGACUCAUUAAUAACUGAACCCAAAGAUAACUCCUCGCCUGCGGAUCAUCCCCCUGAUGCCCCUGUUGUUGUGGACCCCUCGCCCCCUGAAUCCAAUGAUCCUUUACCUACUGUUCUCCCUGAAGCCCUACAAUUUGUUGACCCUAAAGCCCCUGAUCAUGUGGAACCUAAGGUCCCUGAUUAUGUGGAACCUAACGUCCCUGAACAUGCGGACCCUAAAGUUCCUGAAUAUGUGGACCCUAAGGUCCCUGAAUAUGUGGAUCCUAAAGUCUCUGAUCAUGUGGACCCUAAGGCCCCUGAUUAUGUGGAACCUAAGGUCCCUGAAUAUGUGGACCCUGAGCUGGUUUCAAGACUACUUGAAGAGGCAGCAGCAGAUAGAGAAGGAAAAGGGUAAUAAAAAAAUGAUGAUGUUUAAAAGUA